AUAAUGACCGUACUAAACAUGCCAUUAUUUCAUCGCGUGAAAUAGAUAAGUCAACAUAUCUGUGUGUGAAUUUGGUGAAGAGAGAAAAAUCUAAUGGCUCCGAUGCAAUAAGCGAAGGGCACAAUUUAGUCUUAUUCAGUUUCAUCGUCGUUUUCUUAAAUAAAUACGUCCAUAAUAUCUAUAUAGUUUAUCAAGGUUUCACUGCACCAGUCAUAGAAUAUUAAUUGUAAGUACAUCCCUAAAGAAAGUGUAUGUACAUAUGUAUGAAAAAUUCUGGACGAUUAUUGUCUUGUCACGUCGCAGCUAAUAUCCCAGAUCGUCAUGACUCACUGCUUAUGAAUACCUGGUGCUAGGGUAAUUGGAAAGUACAUUCGCCUACAAGCCGUGACGGCUCGGGUGACACUAGGGUGUAAUGCUGAGACAACUACUCACCAAGCAAGAGCCAGAUAGGAUUGGAGUCACGGCCCUUUCAAGCAAAAACAGAAAACGGAUGAUGUCGAUUCUCAAUGGCUGAAUCGUCUGGCUAAAGACCUCCAGAAGGACUGGUUCCCUGGAAACUCUUGGCAUCAGAACUCGAAGCAUUUCUCGAUCCUUGCCGCAUUGGAGGCUCUUUCCCAAUCGUUCCUUGAGAAGGCCUAAGAUGGUGCCUGCAACACAAACUUCAGCUUGAGAAAACUGUGGGUUGUGAGCCUCACCCAGAGACAUAUAUAUAUAUUGUCUAUGCCUGUUACAUAUGAAUGCUUGAUUUUUCGAUUCUCUGUACACAAGAUUCGAUUUUUACGAAUAUUUGUCGGUUUCUUAUGUGUAUUUACCGAGUGUUGAUCUGUUAAAGCCUUUGGCAUCUAACUCCUAUUAACAAAAUGCUUUCCAGUGCUUUUUCGUGGUAUGAUUGGUUAAAUACAGCAGGUGCAUGUCUAUAUAUAGGUUGCAGCCCUGCAGGUGCAUGAGGAUUGACAAUGAACGACAAAGUAGCGCUUAUAUCACGAAUAUCUCUGGACUGCUGGCAGAAGAUUUUUUUUUCAGUGAACAGCUAAAACGAGGCAUUAGAUGACAAAGCUUUGGAUUUAUUCACAUUUCUGAUAAACUACUUAAACGAGGUAUUAGACAACAUAGCUUCCGGUUUAUUUACAUUAUUUUGUUGGUACGGCUCGCCGAGACUCACUUCGCAAGAGGCCAAGAGUGAGUCUCGGCGUGCAGACAUCAGUUCAUAAAUACACGUUCAUGAUUGUAUUAGUUCGCGCGCUUGAUCAGCUACAAGUUUUUCCUUACGGAAAUUCCAAAGGUCGCCUUCGUUCUGUUUAAAACAAUGUGGAUAUUUCUCUUUACUCAGCUUUUAUACUUCUUGCCAUCAGUGGACCUUUCUGAUGUGGAGUUGACAUGCCCACAAUUCAAGGAAGGACAGAACAAACUCAUAUGCAAGAUCAACAAAACAGCAGUUGAUAAUGCAGGAUGCUUAUCAUCACCAGAAUAUGUGAGAUUGGAUCGCACAGUUGAUAAAAUCACAUCAACACCAUGCCGAGCACCUUUACCAGAACCUUCUAAUUGUAAAAAACAGAAUAGCUCACUUCCUAACAGCUGCUGGUGUGAUGAUUCCACCCAAGAUAUCUUUACAUAUAUAUUUGUUUACUGGGCCAAUAUAAGCCAAGAUAAUGGAGCACUGCUAGAAUGCAAAUAUUGUGCAAUACCAAAAAAUCCUUUGAAGGUAAACGUCUGCAAAAAUAUAAGCUUCGUUUCAGCAGAUACAGGGACAUCAGGAGCAUAUGUGAUUCGUGGAACGUUGGUAUUACUCACUGUGGUUUCCUUGAUGUCAAACUUUUGGAUGAAGCAGAGCAUUUCAAGCCAUACCCUUAAGGUUUAGUCAGUACUAUGGCUGAGAAGAAGAAUAAAACAGAAAACAAGGAAAAAACAAGGAAGGAUGGAAUUCAAUGACACAAAUUUCAUGUGAAAGAACCUUGAGUUGAUUUGUUGUGCAUUGUUUAUAUGCUUCUCGGUUAUAAGCACAAGCUGAUCUCGGAUCAUCUUUAACGAUCCUUGUUUGUAAUUAAAAUUUUAGUCUUCUGUUUGAGCUAGCCGGCUUGAUCUAUGCCUAAUUGAUUAAACCAUAACUCCAUAUUUUUCAAAGCGCUACCGCCCAUAUGGCUCGCCUCUAUGUGUUAUGAACGGGGGAGGGGUUGUCGCCCUUGUCUUUUGGGAAGCAGAGAUUACCCCCCUUAACUGUGUACUAGUUGGAAUGCAUGGUAGUGUGCAUGAGUGAGCGAAAGGUUCACCGAACCCCUGUAGUUGGGGAAAUAACUGAGUUUAUUCCCUCGCCAGUCCCCGAAGAAAAGAGACACUGUAGCGAAUUUAUGAGCGAAAGAGACCGGGGAAUUCCUUGCUUAGUCAAGUUAUGAGACGAGUUAAUUGUUUUUAUUGCUUUAGCCACCUCCAUAUCGGUGAAAGAAUGGUGUGAAAAUUUAAUAUUUGGUUGGAAGUCAUGAUAAUGGAAAGAGUUAUUAUUGUUUUGUUGUUGUUGUAACAGUGGUAGUUAAAGUUCAAUAUGAAUAUUCAUAGCCAAGUAAGGAUUUCAGGAAUUAUCCCGAGAAGGAAAGUCGAAAUGAAGUGUAUCGUCGGCAGUCAGGUGUGUGGCUUGUGUGUCGUCCCCAACAGUAUGCUGAAAUUAGUAGGCUCUAAUUACACUUAAGAGCGCUAAACUGGUUGGUCCUAUUACACCAUACCCACCUGUUUCCACCCCUCCAGCUCGUCAUGCCUGACGUGCUUUUAUGUGGCCGUGACCCCUAAGGUUUUGGGUAGUGUAUGUGUAUAUGUUAAUGUGUAUUAAUAUUUGUCUUUUAUUUGGUAAUUAAUUUUUUAUGCGCAGCCUAAAGGCAACUGUUUGUGCUAUGUGGGAAGAAUGUGCGAGUGAUGGUCUGUUUUUGGUAUAGGAUAUCAGAAUUCCAACCAGCCACUUUUUUAUGUUUUGGGAAAAGCUUAGGUGUUUUCUUUUGAUCAUAGGAUGAUCUUGCCAUCUAAGGGUCGUUCCUGCAUACCGUUCUUUUAUAUGAUCAAAUAAGGUCAUAUUGUUUCUACUCUGUGUGAAAUACAUUAAGCAUUUUUAAAAGACAGACAUAACAUGUCACAUCUCUGAUAUACUCAAAUAGGUGUAACGAAAUAUUGCACAGAAACGAGUAAUUGCACGCAAAUGUAAUAACCAGAUCGACGAGGCCCCGACUAAUAGACAAGAGCGUCGUCAUGAAAAAGUGAAUAGCAGUUGGUUCCAGAUUACUUUUCUCACAGACAUCUAAGUCAUUUAUUUAUUCAUCAUAAUACAUAUAAUGACUUACAGUCAGAGACGUCAUAAAUUUAUAAAUAAUGAAGAGUAAAUCUUACAAUCUACUGACGAAACUUCAAUCAAUGAGUUCAUUGGAAGAAAAAAAAACCGUUUUCAUUCCAACUCAUACGAAAUGGAUGCAUUUAAACAGCAGAGCAGUUUCUAAAGACUUCGCAAGAUAAGGAAAGCGGCUACAGCUUGAAGUCCAGUAUAGAUGUCUUGUGGCUUGCAUACUGCUCGAAACAAUCGAACGAGCACCUGUAUUAUUGUAGAGUAAUUCAUCGUUUCGGGCCAAAAAUAAUACAAUCAUUUUAAUUCGAAGCUUUUUUUAUUCAUUAAACGAAACCUGAAUCAGCCAAUUUUAUUGAAAUAAAAUCUUUUUUAACAACCAAAACUGAGCUUGGUCUGACCUGACCAAUGGUUUCGAAGUUCAGAAAAAGUGGUAUCAGAGAAAAAAGUCAAUAUUGUGUGUGUCCACCAUUGGCAUUAAUACAUGUAAGGAACCUUUGUCUCAGAGUCCUUUGAGGAAUUGCCUGCCACUCUUACUGAAGAAACUGGCACGGCUGAUUGGGGCCAACUGUUGGGUUGAGGUAUGAAAGCCGCUGGGCCAUGACAUAUACACAAUGGGAUUUAUAUCUGGGGAACACCGGCCAGUUUAUGCGGUUGACGGUGGUGCCGCAGGAAAUCAUUGGCGACCCUUGCCCUACGCGGUCUGGAGUUGUCAUCUUGAAAAGCAGCGCCUGAUCCAAAGUCAUUCAGUACUGGCAGUACUAGAGGUUGUAAAGUGGUAUCUCUUGUCAGCUUGCCUUGCACCAGGUAGAGGGGAGUUCUGUAUGCCGACCCCAUGAUGGAUUAACCACCAUAGCAAUAAUUUAGUAACACUCUCCCUGUCGUUUCCAGACGCGGAUUAGGCCAUCGUGAAAGGACCUGGCAAAGCGAGAUUCAUCAGUGAAGAGGGCUGAGGCCCACUGUUGCCUUGUCCAUGCCAGAUGGUCUCGUGUCCAUGCAAGACGAGCAGCACAGAGACAAGUCGGACAUCGCUUUGACUGAAGAUUGCUCUCCCUGAGUCGAUUGCGAACUGUCUGAUCACUGACACGUAGGCCGCAACUUGCAGUUGUCUCCUGAGUGUGCUGGCAGUGACUGUUCUCUGACUUAGAGCCAAUAGAACAAUGAACCUGUCCUGCUGUCUGAUAGUUGACUGGGUUUCUAUACGUUCUGUUACACUUCCCGUUGCAUUGUAGCGGUCUCGUAGAAUUUGAAUGACAGAGUGAGGAACUCGCAAUCGUUGGCCAUUUUCUCAAACACCUUUGCCCUCUUGCAGCCAAGAAAUGACCCUUCCUUGUUCGACAGUACUUAAUCGUCUUUUCUGAGGCACUAUUAACAAGGCACAUUUGUUGUGUAGACAACUGCAUGUUUUCUACAGUUCAAUUCUGCCUAUUCAUUUGGAUAUGCUGCAAUUGCACGCAUUUUGUGUAGGUUCAAUGACCUUUUUUUUGCUUGACUGCUGACCUGGGCAUUCUGAAGACCAUACUGGAUUGUCAUCAAAUUUAUGUUGACUAUUCAUCAAGACAACAGAUUCAUUCAAAAAGAUUUUGAAGGAAUUGUUAACUGUUUGCACAGAGACAAUAAAAAUGUAAAAAAUAUGAAGAUGGCCUUUCCAUUGUUUUGAGUAGCAUAUUUGCAUGAUAGCCACGCCUCCAUCACAUGUUCGUGGUCUUCGUCUGCCUCCCACCUUUACAGCAUUCGCUGUCUGUCCCCUCACUUGACUGCGGAAGCAUUUCCUUCCACGUUCAACAGCAUUUAGGCUAAGCCGAGGCAUCGUUCAUUAGCUUUCAUUUACCGGGACUCAGCCAGCCGCUGAUGUAUGAACAACUUGAGGACUCCAUCGUUAAACUUUACUAAGACGUCCAUCACUAGGCAAAAGGAGGAACUUUCUCUGCCUUGGUAUUCCAGGAUCAUAUAUAUUUUAUGUGUUAAAGCAAGAGUUCUUGUAAUAACAGUAUGUACUAAAGUCCACUUUACAUUCCGGGUUAUGAAAUAAUCUACAAUAUAGAAAAGAGGCUGAAAGACAGCACGAACAUUUUCUGCGAAACCUUUCUUGAAACCAGUCAGAGGAAUGUACAUCUGCGCCUUACAUCAGCAUGGGAAAAAGCAAUGGUGCUUGUGGGUAGCAGCUCUCUUGCUUUCUCUUCGCUCUUCAGUAGACAGAGUUUCAGGUGUACUUAUAUUCCCCUGUGAUAAAGACGGCGUGAGAGAAGUGCUGGCUGGCCAAGACACUGUCUUCAACUGCACGGCUCAGGGACAAGUGGACUGGAGACUGCAACGCCAGGGCGCCGAUAGUUCUGAUUUGUUAUCAACAUGCGCUGAUACUUGCAAUAAGACGGAUGAUUUCAAGAAACUGUUUAUUGCCAAUGUAGUGAAUUCUCGUCAUUCAAGUUCCAUGACCAUCAAAGCUUCAAAUCGUUCAGACAUCGGUCUUUUGUUAAACGCUAGUCUUCAGUGUGUUCUUACAGAUGGAAUAUCAACUGUGAACUCGAGUCAUUGUGAACUCAACUUAGUGUAUCCUCCAGAGGGCGUUUCAUGCACCGCAAUUAAUACGUCAUGGAUCGUGAAUGUAUCAUGUGACAUCGGCAGUGUCUACUCCUCCCGUGGACGUUACUUGUGUCAGUUGUAUAGGAGAAACCACGAUUCAAGAAAUGAAACUGUAGAAAUGGUCAAGAUGGUGACGUUUCCAACCAGCGAGAGCACCCAGGGUGAAGUGAAAGUGUCAGGCUCCUGUCUGUUCAACACAACUCUCCCAGUAGAAACAGGACGUUAUGGUUUUUAUGUUGUCAUCUACCCUGGUGGACGAACUUACAAUGCAAAAUUGGCUGGUGGUUUCGAGUGGAUUACAAAUGAAGGACCUCGCAUGCCAACAGUGUCAUGUAGCCCACAUCCCUACGUGUUAGAAAACACUAAUGUCACCUGUACCUGUAGGACCAAUAGUCUAGGACAACCUGCUGGCUACCUGAGGUGGGUCAUUGGUAACCAGACAAACCAAGGACAACCAGCUAGGCAAGAGUACCUGUCCGUGAGAUCACACGAAAUGAACUUUACUCAUCGCUUGACUCUCUCGGAUCAUGAGAGAACCCGGUUCAGGUGUGACGUCAUCAGAAGAGGAAAUGAGACCCGUGGGAACAUCUACACAGCUAAUGUUGGGUAUGCUGCAAAAGUCAGUCGGUUUUCGCUGAACGGUUCUGGACGAAAUCAGACAGUGAAUGAUGGAGACCAAGUGGACUUUUUGUGUGAGUCAGAUGGCCUACCUUCACCACACAUCUCCAUCUAUCGUAAUAACAACACUGUUAUAUUUAACGGCUCGAAUGUUGCCAACUACACUUUCAUCGCUCGCUGUGAAGACACAGCAAUGUACUUGUGCUCUGCCAGGAACGAGUUUUCACAUCACGUGACCACCUCCCUCCGUCUCGAACUCGGUGUUUUGUGCAAACCUCGAGGUCAGCUGUCUACGCAUAUUGGUGACUACAAAAUAUAUACACAUGAGGAAGUAACGUUUGAUAUCAUUGCUUACCCUGUGCCGUACGAGUAUCAUAUGUGGUUGGUAAGAUCAUCAAAGAGCAGCAAUACAAUGAACAUCGAUAACAUCAAAGACCACAUGUUAAAUAUAACUUGUAGGGCUGGAAAAGUAAAUCGUUACCUAUCUACAUGCAUUCUGACAUUCGUCAACUUAACAUCCCAGUCAGCUGGUCUGUACAAGGUUCAAAUCAUCAACGAGGUUGGCGAUGGAAACUUCACCAUCAGAAUAGACUUCAGUGUCGUAGAUGAACUGGAACAACAUAAUUCAUUUGCUAUUGUUGGUGUUGUAAGUGGCAUCGUGGUCGUCUUCAUAUUUAUUGUUGUCAUCAUUACACUUAAAAAAAGGAGGAAAAAGAAUGCCCCACUUAAGACUCAUAUCUUCGAAGCGGAGGUAACUACCGGCGCUUCACAACCGGAGCCCUGUGAGACGCCCCUGUACGCUGUAGUGGACAAGACAAAAAAGAAAAGAAACCAGCGCCCCACCAGCAUCGUUGACAAAGAAAAACAAAUGGAGAAAGAAAUCAAACAAGGUAUUGAAGGUUCAGAACCGAGCCUCCCACCUACGUGUCAAGUAGUAUACGCUGUUGUUGACAAGACCAAAAACAAAUCUGCAGGCAAGUGUGAUAACUUUCAAACGGUGGGCAUGGAUAAACGUCCCAAAACAGAGAAUGGUCGAAGGAAAGAGGUUUACUCUACAGAAGACUCCAAGUGUAAAAGCGAUGACUUAGGCGAUUACCAGAAUAUUAUGGGCCCACAUUCAGAACAAGAUGAGGAUUAUGUCCAGUUGGAUGCUCGCAGUCCUGCCUCACGUUCUCAUACAGCCGAUGAUGGCAGGUGGCUCAACUCAGCCGGACUUCUUUAUACCUUCCCCACCUUUGAUGUCGGCAAUGGUGUGAGGUGUCGCCCACCGCCCACACACGAGGAGACAGAGUACUGCACACUUCGCCUGAUGGCAGAUGCUUUCCCUGUCAUUGAUAGAAAAUCAAACGAUUAAGACAUAGGCGUGUGUGUGCGCGCGCGUACGAGUGAAUAAGAGGCAACCUGAGUGUUAUUAACAAGGGAGAUAACUGUGCAUGAGAUAUAUUCAUAUUUACUUCAGUAAAAUGAACCAUUGUGUGAAAUUACUUGAAGGUGGGAUUUACGUGCGAACCAAAAGGCUUUUCAAAAUGUUUGUAUCUAAUUUAGUCUUUUGGUAUUAUUGGUAUGAUACAUUUCAGGAAUUCUUAGUGGUAUACAAGUGACAGACAUGUGAGGCUGUGGAAACAGUUUAGCGAGGAAGACACUUGAGAAUAUAUUAAACAUGGCAGUGAAUAUUAAGGAAGUUUGAUCCUGUUAUCAUACAACCUCUUAGAAAGACUAAUACCGACAUUAAUCAGCUUUAGCUGACCUGAGCUCAAAGCCGGGAGACAGGUCACGUGCACAGGUCAGGCCUGAAUUAACGUGGGAGUUUGACCUUCACUUUCGACAGGUUUUCACUGAAGAUUACCAUAAGGAGAAGAUUUGUGCUGCUGUUGUCUAGCACUUAAUCUGCUCCAACAGGAAAUGGAAUAUGGAUUGUCAUUAUUUUCCUGUUUACGCCAGUCUCGUAUGUUAAACUGGAGACUUUGUCACUCAGCUUGCUAGGAAUUCAGAGAUUAAGAAUAAUUUCAUCUCAAAGUUCAUUAUUUAUAUAUAUUUCAUAUGCUCAUAUAAUUACAUAUGGAGUUCAAAGAACUGGUCAAUGUAAACAAGAAAAAAGAAAACAAUUCGAGAUAUGAAACUCUUUGUAGCUAUGUGAUAGCAAAGAUACUAAAUAAUAAUAUCUACUAUCUCAGGUGACAGUAAGGAGGAAAUAAACUUUCAGGUCUUUCAAUACACUAUUGAAGUAAAACAGUUGCACCUUUGUAUUGCAUUGUUACGCCUGCAAAUUUCGAAAACUUUUUUCUCUAAACAGUAAGGCAUUGUUAAAACUAGCCAACUUCCUUUCAUGCAUAAAAAUGUGUCCUAAAAACCAA